AUGGCAAAGGUGAAGGAUUCUGUUUUUAAACAAGCGACGCCAUGUUAUCGCGACUGUCUCGAUACUAUGGAAAGAACUAGGUACAGUAGUAAACUGAAAUUGAUUGACGAAAAUGAUCCAUACGAACUGAAAUCGUGGUCAUCAGACGUGCAUUUGUUGCCAAAAAUCAGCUACCCUGAUAUUGUGAAUUACCUCGUGUUCUCGCCAAGCCCUUACACUCUUGAUGACCUGAAGAGUUAUAAAGGUCUGGAAGCCUAUAACCAGUUUAUAUCAGGAUGGGUGAGGGAGCUUUCCACAGUAGUUAUCAACAAGAGACACAUUGUGAUGGCAAAGGUUUUACAUUCACAACGUUUGAAAGAGAAACCCUUGAUACUAUGGGUGAUUUCAGAUGCAGAUGGGAAAGUUAUUGGAGCUCACUGCAACUGUAUGGCAGGCCUUGGAGAAUCAUGUACACACAUCAGUGCUUUACUCUUUACCAUAGAAGGUACAGUGAAAGUAAGAGACUCGAAAACUGUCACACAGGAGCCAACUUAUUGGAUGCUUCCAUCAGCAGGAAAAGUGUAUUAUAAUGAGACUAGAAAUAUAAACUUUGCAUCAGCUAAAUCUCAAAAAAGAAAGUUUGAUAAUACAUUGGCUUCCCCAAACUCAUGUCAUGUAAAUAAGAACAAUUUUUCUACCAAAACAACAAGUACUAUUUCAGAUCCAACAGCAGAAGAGAUGUCAGUUUUUUAUCAACCUUUGUAUAAAACUGGUGUAAAGUGUGCAGUUCUGUCCUUAAUCCCAUCUUAUGCUGAUGAUUAUGUUCCAAAGUUUAUGAGCAACAAAUACCCAAUGGUACUCACCGAGCUACGCAAUGAAAAUACAUUCAAUCUGAAUUACAUGGAGCUUUUAGAUGAAUGUUCGAAAGUUGAUAUCAGCGUGAACCAGAAUGAAGCCGAUGCUGUGCAACUUGCUACACUUGACCAGGCCAACUCCAAACAGUGGUUCAGUUUCAGAUCUGGGAGAAUAACAGCAUCUAGGAUGAUAGCAGUGUGUGCAUAA